AUGACGGUGUGGGAGCACUUGAUAGACCAUUGGCAGAAGGACGAGACUGUAGAGACGUCUCGUAAGAACUCCGCCAACCGGAAGAGCGAUCGUGGCGGGAAAGGUAUUUAUGUGUACAACCUCGGCGCUUGCUCUAUGUCCUUUAAGGAGGAUCAACUUAUUGAAGCAAACAACGGUAAUCCCAUUGAUCAUCUCCAUCUCAUUAAGGAGGCUCACACUAACAAGAAGACGGGACAAAUUCAGGACCCCGUGAUCAGAGAGGUCGUUGAGUUGGUGGAAACUCAAAAAGCAGAUUUUCUAGCUUCUCAGCCUCUCUUUGAUGAUGCCGAUUCUACGGGAGCUUCAACCAACUUGUCCCGACUGAAAGGAGGCCGUUUAGUUGGGUUGGCCCGCCGUGCUUCUUCGUGUCCGGCUUCUUCUUCGCAAGUUUCGUAUGCCGAUCCCAUGAUUCUGGAGCAGCUACAGAACAAAGAUGAACGGAUUGGGGCAUUGGAGGGGCAGAACACCACUAUCCUUGUUGAGCUGGGGGAUCAAAAGAAGACCAACGCUAUAUCGUUUUUUGUAUGA